UUCUCAAAUUCACUGUGGCCAUCUGAGCCUCGGCUCUGUCUCUGUCUCUGUGGCGCACUUGUCCAACUUUGUCCGGUGUCUAAAGCGGGCUUUCUCGGAGGGGGUCGCCGCUCUCUAGUCGUUCCCUGUGGACGUGUGAAACGGGGUUGUGGACAGGGGACUAGUUGGAGACAAAACUUUUUUUCCGCUGUAGAAAAAGGUUUCUUAAGACGGUAAAAUGGCAGACAGUGAGGAGCAGCAAGUUACUUCAACCACUUCUUUAUUGAACGAUGUGGUGCACCACUACGAACCAGAGCCAGAACUGGAGCUGGAGCAGCCCAAAACCGACCACUUCAGUGUGGAUGAUAUUGUUGACCUGGUCGGUGGUGCUCGGGACGCUUUAGAGAGACACAUAGCUGAAGACAGUGCGCCACAUGAGCUCACAGAAACUUUGGAGGAACAUCCGGUAACGUUAGAAGAACCAGCCCCGGUAAAAGAGCCCGAGCCGGAGAUCAUUGUCCCGGAGCCCGCACCUAUUGUAGAAACGACAAUAAGUGAGCCCGAACCAGAACCGGUGGUCGUACCAGAGCCCGAACCGGUGGUCGUACCAGAGCCCGAACCGGUGGUCGUACCAGAGCCCGAACCGGUGGUCGUACCAGAGCCUGAGCCCGUGGUAGUGCCAGAGCCCGUGCCGGCGGUAGAGGCGGCGCUCCCAGACUCCACUACCCCCUCCAUUGUCCCUGAGGUUCCGCCCGUAGUCGAGGAGCCCGUAGUGGUCGCACCUAAAGCCCAACCGGAGAUUACGACGUUUGUGCCGGAGCCUGCCCCAGAGCCAGAGCCGCAGCCAGAGCCAGAGCCUGCGCCUGCCCCUGCCCCUGUCCCAGUGAGCGACGCCCUCCCUGUGGCUGAACCCCACAAAGAAGCCCCAGCCCCCGUAGAGGCAGCAGACCAGCCUGCAGUGACAGAGGAACCACCGGCUCCAGCAUCUUAUGUACCUUCUCCUCCUAAAGCUCAGCUUCAGCCUCUGAUGCAAUUCCCCACAGCACUUGGGCAGAAGGGUGACUCCCCUGCUCCCAUCUCUCCUCUUUCCCCUCUACACUCCCCUGACUCUCUGGAAGAGCUCUCUCUGACGGAGAGUCCCAACCAACCCCCUACUUCGGGAUCUGCUGCACCUUUGGGCUCCUUCUCCACUGAACCCCCUACUACUCAUUCCAAGAACAUGCCUUGGGAGGGUGAAGAGGGUACUCCUGGACAUGGCCAUAGUCAGAAUAAGAACGACCUUCUAGAUCCGUUAGCUGGCCCUUACCUGAGUCUAGGGAAAGACCCAGUUGCUCAUAAUCCAUGCGAAGACAGCGGCGUAUCCUUCUCACCAGAGGAGAAGAUGGCUAGCUCAGACAGGUCCUCCACUGGUCCCUCCCCUGUGACCCCUCAGAUGAUGCUUCCCGAGUCUGACCUUACUUCCUCUAACCCAACAGAGCACUGGGAUUCACAUUUCUUAACAUCUCAAGACAGCUCCAAAAUCUCCAUGGAUCCAUUCUCAAAAGAAACCACUGCAAUUGGCUCCAAAUAUGAGUCUGACCUUCAAGGCAACAACUCAGAUGAAGAUGACGACUUGAUGUUUGAGAUGAAAAAAAAUAACCCAUUUGACGGCUUUUCACCACUGGCUGACAGUGGCUAUUCCCAUUUUGGCGAGUCCAAGUCUGAGAGCAGAACCACCAAAAUGUCAGAAAGUCCUACUCCAGAUCUGGUCCAGUAUGGGCAAACGGGUGAGACCCUUGACAGCCCUCCAUCUUUUCUUGAUGAGGAGGAAAAGUUUGACACUGGGAAGAAGGCCACUGACUCCUUCAUGCAGUCGAUGAGUCAGUUCUCAUCAGGUGUGAAAGACCUCUCGGAAUUGAAGGAUGAGAAGGAGGACAAGAGAGAGGAUGAGGCUGUACCACCUCGCUCUCUGCCAGACAUUCUGAAGUCUUCUCCACUUAAUCCUGACAAAAUGGACUCUGGCUCGUCUGAGGGCACCCCUGAAGACCAUAGUCCUAUCCUUGAACGCAAAAUGAUGGAAUCUCCCAAUCCUCCAAUCAACCUUUCCACCAACCCCUUCGCUUUUGAAGGCAAAGUGUCUCUGCUGAAGGAGAUGGCUGAGGAAAUGGAGGUCAAAGCGUCUGAACAUGCUAAACUGGUGGAUGACAAUGCCUUUGGCGCUUUUGAUCUUGUGAAAGAGGCCGAAGAAACCACACCUACAAAAGGCAAAGAUGAGGAACCAGUGAAGAUAGAACAAAAGGACUGGUUUGCAGGCUUUGACUCUCCCAAAAAGCCAGAGAACUUGGAACCAUUUGAUUUCAAGAUCAAAAAACAAACUGGUGAGGAUUCUGAUUCCGAGUCUCCAACUGCAGAUUCGCUCUCCCCUGUCCUGGAAGCCAUGGCUAAAAAUCCAGCUAGUUUUCAGGUGGAAACUGAUAAGCAAGAUUUAAAAAUGGAGGAGCCUGAUGUGGCAGAGGAGGUCUCUGAGCAUGAAGUUUCUUCAGAGGAGUUUGAAUUCAUUGAAAGACCCCCCAGGGGUGUUAUUGAUGAGUUUCUGGAAGCACUCGAUACUUCCAAAUUUGCCUCCUCAAAAGCACCAGAAAUCCCCAUGGAUGAUGAUCUAACCUUUGGGAGGAAGGAGGAGAGUCCUGUUUCAGCUCCACCUCCAUCCAAGGUAACUCCAACCCUUCUGAUGGAUGAGGAGGUUUCGAGUCAGAGCUCUUACCUCCUAUUGACCCAGUCAUCCCCCCAGAAGAGUAAGGCCGAACUGGAGAAGCUUGACAUUCAGCAAACCCCACCCAAAGCACCCGUCACCCACUCCCCAGUGCAAAAGACAGAAGGAACGACUGCAAAGAAGAGUCUGUUUAAGAUGCCAAACGUGAACAUAAAAACAGUGGUGGAUCUCCUCUAUUGGCGCGAUGUUAAGAGCACGGGGGCAGUGUUUGGGGCCAUCCUGCUCCUGUUGCUGUCCCUCACCAUGUGCAGCAUCGUCAGCGUGUGCUCCUACAUUGGCCUGGCCCUGCUCUCUGUCACCAUCUGCUUCAGGAUAUACAAGGGCAUCCUGCAGGCUAUCCAGAAGUCCGACGAAGGACACCCAUUCAAGCAGUAUCUUGACCAGGAGGUGGCACUAUCUGAAGACAUGGUGCACAAAUACAGCGACCUGGCCCUGAACAAAAUCAACAAGAGCAUCGCAGACCUGAGGCGCCUGUUCCUCGUUGAGGAUCUGGUCGACUCCAUCAAGUUUGCUGUUUUGAUGUGGAUCCUGACCUAUGUUGGAGCCUUGUUCAACGGGCUCACCCUGGUCAUUCUCGCUGUGGUUGCAGCAUUCAGUUGCCCAAUCAUCUACGAGAAGCACCAGGGUCAAAUUGACCAUUAUCUGGCAUUGGUGAACAACCAGAUUAAGGACAUUGUUGGAAAGAUCCAAGCGAAGGUUCCCGGGAUGAAGCGUAAAUCCGAAUGAAGUCACGGCAAGUUGGCAGUUGGCCGGAGGACGUCCUGAAUUGAGCGUGUGGGCGGAGAUGGGGGGAGAAGGAGGGGUGUAAAAUGAAGGAAGCCGGAGGAGAGGAGAGGGGACUGGCGCAGACGCAGCCCUUCUAACUUUAUUUGUCAAUUUAAUAAUAAACACUUUUUCCAGGUGAAUUCCUUUUUUGUGUUUUCUAAAGAAGUGAAGCCGAGGUUCACGACAACCCUCCCGUCAUAGUGUAAUAGUUUUUAUUUUUUAUUUUAUUUUGUUGGGCCCUGUUCGAUUGACCCGCCUCCCUGCGUGACCGUCAGCCCAAAGUCUCUACUCUCUCCUGGGGUUCGGUGGAGGCGUAGUGGCCUCUGGAGCUGCCUUGUCUUUAGUUCUGGUUGUGUGCUUUUACCUGUCGUGUCCCUCGGGCUUCAGCUUGUGUCCUGGGUCAGUGCCGCGUUAUGUAGGUGGGGCCUCCGUGUGAAGAGCGACGCCGUACACCAGGUCUGUGACUCCAGGCGGGGUGUGGGGGGAGGGGCAAGAGGGAGGGAGGGAGGGGGGUGGGGUCCUACUACCGUUUAAUUAAUAAACUUUCAUUGCUUCUGAGUAACUUUAGCUAGAGACACCUAGAAAACCUUUUGGCAGAUAAAUGAAACACAUGAAUUGCAUCAAGUUCUUUCCAUGUCAUAGCAGCUGGAACACGUUUACAUUCACCCAUGUCAUAAAAGGUUAGGAAAAAUUGUAAAAAAAAAAAAAAAAAAGCAGUGGGUUUAAACAAGACGUUCUCAUAUUGUCUGUGAAGCUGAUAUCUUCAUCAAGUUGCAACUCGAUGUGACUUAGAGAAUCUUCAAGCGUUUGUUUGUUAUGCAAGUAUAAUUGUGAAUGAACUUCAUACUUCAAUUGUGACUAUAAACGCUCCCCGCGGAGCUGUGUUUGUGGAAUGCAUUGUGAGAUGUAAACAAUUAUCAAUAAAGCUUCUAGACGAAGA